AUGGCAAACUCCAAACCGGACCAAGCUCCAUUCUACGACGUGUAUUGGGUAGAAUCUGCGGGAAUGCCUAGGAACCACGUGGCGAUCUUUGUUGAGACACACGAACUCGGGCCUGGCACAGGACACAAUUUCCAGGUGUCCGGCACCAUCCAGCUGGGGAUGUACCAUAACCACCGGCCUGGAAAGAAGCCCGAAGAGGACGAGCAGUCGGCAUUCGUCAGUAAACGACUUCUCGGAAGAGUACCAAGGGCGGUCUACGACGACGGAACUUUUCGACAAGUCUGCGACCGAGUCGAGCCCCCGCCGAAGCAAUUCGAGGGCGCCAAAAGAUUGUUCCCCGGGCGAAGACUCAUACGAUGUGGUGAAUGGGCAGAGGACGCGGUUGGGCAGUUGAAGUCGGAGGGCAUUUUGUUAGCCUAA